UUAAUGGUCAUCAUUAAUCCUCAUCACUUACAAUUCACCUCGAAGAGCCGAAGAGGGUUAAUAACUUAAUACAGGGUACUUUACAGAACAACCCACUACAAAAUUCGCCGCCACCCUCUCUUCUCCCGCCGUUUCACUCAUUGGAAUUGCAUAACAGAAAAUGAAGCAAGAAGAAGUGACUUGUUGCCAGAUUCAAGAAUGGUAUCCAAAAUUUAAACCAGUCUCUAUAAAGACCUUUAUCCAUGAACUCCCUGAAUCCUUUAUUCAGUAUCUGGUUGGAGAUUCUGGUCCUUUUCUGCUUCCCACGUCUGUGUCAAAUGAAGACGCCUUGCCCAAUAGGAUUCAUAAACCUGAAGAUGAGGAGGACUACCAACUGUCGGAAGGAUCUGAAGAUGAGUCAGAGCCUUCAUCACCACCCCCUUCGUUCCCAGAGCUUGAAUUGAAGAUCAAAGAUUCAAUCGAAUCCCUUGGUGGUGCUGUCUUUCCUAAAUUAAAUUGGAGUUCACCAAAAGAUGCUGCUUGGAUCAGCACCACUGGAACCCUCAAAUGCACUUCAUUUAGUGACAUAGCUCUGUUACUCAAAGCAUCUGAUUCUGUAGUCCACGAUUUGUGCCAUCCAUAUGAUUCAUGCAGUGACAAGACUAUGUCAAGACCCUCUCAAUUCUACCUUGCCUUGCGCAAAUGGUACCCCUUUUUGAGACCAGAGAUGGAAUUCCGUUGCUUUGUCUGUUCUCAGCAACUUGUUGGAAUUUCUCAACGUGAAGUCACUGCUUAUUAUCCUGCUGUACUGGAAAAGAAAGACGAGCUCAGAGAUCUGAUCCAUGAUUUCUUCCUUGACAAUGUUGAAGGGAAAUUCAAAUCCGAAAAUUACACUUUUGAUGUUUAUGUUACGAAAGACAGGAGGGUGAAGCUGAUUGAUUUUAAUCCUUGGGGUGCAUUUACACUGCCGUUACUGUUUACUUGGGAGGAGUUAGAGCAAGGUGGAAGGGUAGAGGAAGAGGUUGAUUUUAGAAUAGUGGAAAGCCAGCAUACAGUACGCCCAGGUUUGAAGACUGCAGUCCCUUAUGAUUAUAUAGAUAUGAGCGCGGGAAGUGGUUGGGAUCAAUUUUUAAGGAAUGCAGAUGAGGAGUUGCAGCAGCAGAUGAGAGGUCUCCAGAAGCAGGUGCAUAAACAUUUGCCAUCUGGUUAGCUGGAGCUUACUGAUUAGGAUGUAGUAUCCUAUUAUACUUUAUUGUAUGCUUAGCUAACUAAGUUCUUUCUUAUUACAGUAUUACUUUUGACUUAAAGAGUAUUGAUGUUGUAUGAGUUUUCAUUUUAUUUUUUUAGUGUUAGUUUUAGGGGUUAUGUUGUAGUAACAUACUCUUAAUACAAUCCUCUCACAUUAUCUUAAUAAUAAUUAAUUUAAUUUCA